AUGCGGGCACACGUUGCUAGGAGCAACCGACAAGGAUGGCAACCGGAUAUCGCCAAGAGGCAUGGAGUGGUGAGCACCUUAAAGAGAUCAGCGGCAGCUCAGCAAGAAGAUGUCUUCACACCUGAUACGUUUCUGGCCCGGAGGUCAGAAAAGAUGGACGUGAGGACUCGUGAGAUGAUAGUAGGUGGUAUCCCGUUGUUUGUGGAACUGGAUUGUUGCCAGGCUGUAUCCAGAGUCAUGCCGGACAUACUACCCUUUUUGAAGACCCGACCAGAGACCGAGUCUUCAGUAAAACCAGAAACGGAGCAGGUUCUGGAACAUAGGUUCCAUCCUCAAGUUAAAGAUGAGCCAAAAGGGGGGCUGAAAUUGCAUGGUCAUCUAGAAGGGAAGAUGGUGGCCGAAAAGGAAGCUACAGUGAUUGCUGUGGAUAAAGCAAAAGUGCUGAAGAAAGUACAUGUGGAGCUGGGAGGAGAAGAGCUGGAUCAAGUGUGCUCAAAGGAAGAGACAGACCAAGAACAGGUGACGGUCAGAAGACAAGAGAAUGUCUCAAGUUCCUGCAGCGAGAGUGAAGAGACCACUGUAAGUAAGAGAUCUCGGAAAAACCGAGCUGGACUUUGUAAGAAAAGAGAGCAGAACCGGAAUCUUGAAGAAACCUUACAGAUGGUUUCUUCAAAAUUGGCACAAAAAGAAGAAGAGGUGUAUAGCCUGAUGGAGGACAAAGAAAAAUCGCUUGUAGACUUGAAGAAAGAGAAAGAAGCAAAGCUUCAGAUGCAGAAAGAUAUGGAGAUCCACCAAAGUGAGCUUGUGGCUCUGCAGGAUGAGCUGUUCCGCUCCCAGGGUCAUGUGACCAACAAGGAGAGCGAAUUGGAGAGUCUGGUCCAGCAGUUGUCACUCAAGGAGGAAGAAGUGAAUGUUCUGUCUGAGGCAUAUCGGGCUCUACAAAGUGAUCACCAGGCUAGGUUGGUAGCCAUGGAAGAGCUCGAGAAGGAGAAAGUGGUAAUGGCUCAUAAGGUGCAGAGCCUGGAGGCGCAGAACGAAAUGCACAUUAAGUCUCAUGCAGCUACCUUGGAUUCGCUGGGAAGGCAGAUCUCCAAACAAGAGGCUCAGCUAAAAGUCUAUGAGCAGAAAGUGUCCGAGAUGGAGCUACUGAGUAAAGACAAUGAGCAGAUGAGAGAACAACUGCUGUCCCUGGAAGAUACUGUCAAUAACUUGACAGAAUUGCUGGAAAGAGAGAAGGUGAACUCCUCUAAACUCAAGAGUGAGCAGCAGAAAAACUUAAAGCUGGAAGGGGACAUGAAGGUCCUAAAAGAAGGCAGUGACCAGGCUGCAGCAGAACUGCACAAAGAGAAACUUGCCGUUGGGAGACUUGAAGCGCAAAUUGCUCAGUUGUAUGAAGAACUCAGAAUGAAAACCGAGAGUCUGCAGAAAAAGCUGCUGGAGAUGGAGAUGCCUCCUCUAAAAGUGUCAGAGUCUGAACGAAGGGCUCAAGAAACAAAGCAGCUGAAGCAAGUCUCACAAGAAGCUCCGGAGUCUGGAUGCAGAGUCCGUGAUCAGAAAAAUAAAGGCGGUACAGACUUGGAUGGUCGGGGCCAGCGAAGCUCACACUACAGUCCAGCCUUUGGUGAGAGAAGGCAGAGGCCUGAAAAGACUACCUUGUUUGCAGCCAGUGUCCAGGGCGUUGCCUUGAGCAACAUGAAGAAGGUAGGAGGCUCCAAGGAAGCCUUUGGAACACCAGUUGUGAAGAACAGUUUCUAUAAAGUGAAGCUGAAAGUUCCUGAAGACUUACAGCAGAUGUGCGUAAAGGGAUCGGCUCAUAAAGACUUUUCAAAGGCAGUGGAAGCCUUUUCAGUGUCUUAUGACUCAGAGAAUGCCCAGCUGGUCAUCUUGUCUGACAAUGAAGUUAUCAUUAAGAGGGUGAACAUGUUGGGUAACAUCCAUUUCCAAAAUCUUCGUACAAAAUUGUCUGUGAUAUCGAGAAUCAAAGAAGCCAGAAAGAAUCUGGAAAGCUUAUGUCUGUCAGUGUCUAGAUUCCAUGUGCAGUUUGAUGUACGAAAAGACUUGAUGCGCUCAGUAAUCGGCACUCGUGCCACAAAUAUACAACAAGCAAGGAGAAUCCCUGGGGUGACUGCUGUUAUUCUUGAUAAAGAUACAUGUACGUGUCAUGUGUAUGGUGAGAACCAAGAUGCUGUGAAAAAGGCAAGAAGUUACCUGGAGUUGGCUGAGGUGGUAAUGUGGGUUCCCCGAAACUUGGUGGGAAAAGUCAUUGGGAAGAAAGGAAGGCACAUUCAGAAGGUUGUCGACCAGUCAGCGGUUGUUAGAGUGAGAGUUGAGAGUAAUAAGAAGAGCUCCCAAGACGAGGGAAUGGUCCCCUUUGUAUUCCUGGGCACAAAGGACAGUGUUACUAAAGCAACCAUUCUACUGGACUGCCACCUCAAAAGGUUGAAGAAAGUGGACCAACUUCAGCUAACUCGACCAAAGAGAAGGACAGAUGCAUGGUCGUGUGUGCACUGUCUUUUGAAGACAAGUGCUCAUCCCCGGUGGUCUGAGCAGAGGGACUACCCGAUGAUCCAUCGCAUCGCCGCCAUCGCUACAUUCAUCUGUGCUGGAAUAUACAACAUGUGGCAAUCCAUCCUCCUGUACAAAGUGCCGGGAGCAUCAAGAGUCAUCUGCCAUGUAAGAGCCAUCUUCUCUUCUAUGGCCCUUGCCUGUGUGUUUCUUAUUAUAGGAACUGGGGUCGUUGUAUACAUCCAACUGUUUGCUGGAGAAUGUGAAGAGAGGAUUGAAGCCUUUGUCAAAAUCAUCGAGUGGUCAAUUCUGGUCCUCAUCCUGCUGACGAAUGUGACUUUCUAUUCCACCAUGGAACACCUAUUGUUCACCAUGUCCAGGAACACCUGCAGCAUCUCCCUAAGGGUUCGGAUCGAUGCCUUUGGGGUAUAG